AUAACACUGAAACUGAAAUCGGUGUUUGUUUUGUGGGCAAAUAGAUUUUUAUAAACAAAACAAUUUAUAAUAUCUACAACAGUGAAAACUGUAAAAUAAAAUUACAUAAAUGAUACCAUAACGAUGACAUUAUAAUUUGGGCGAGAUCCAAUAUCUAAUUUUCUUUAGGAAUCAAGAGACACGGAAGGAUAUCAACGUUGAAAUGAGGCUCAUUAACGAGUGAUGGCGACCCCAUCACAGAGCGCUGUCAACACAAAGAUUUGUACCGCUAUAGCAAAGCCUGGUGUGAACAAGGUGGGUGUGAAAGAGUCAGCGAUGUCCCCCGGCCAGCAGGCGGCUGAUGAGGAGAGGACAGAACUGCUGGGCUCGUUGACGACGGAGCAGCAGCAGAGGACCAGCGCCAGGGUCAUCAAGAAGCUUAGGCUGGAGCCGCCUGUUGACAAACGAGAUGUCACAGAAUGCGAGACGCCAAACAAAAUGGACGAAAAGGAACUGCUCAAGUUCCCAACAGUCAAGCAGAGGAUGCCCAAAGCGCUCUGGUCUGCAGAUGAGAAAAGCCUGUUUUUCGAAGCACUAAACGAGUACGGAAAGGACUUCGACGCCAUCACAGCGUAUAUUUGCGCUAAGAUGAAGAAGAAGGGCAUGCCUGAUGCCAACCUGAAGACCAAGAUGCAAGUCAGCCAUUUUUAUUACAGGACAUGGCACAAGUUGUCCAAACACGUCCAUUUUGAUGAAAAUGUUAAGAAGGUCGCCCAAGAGUUGUACGCACUCAUAAACUACGGCGAGCUGCGCCGCAAGCUCGCGUCCGUCAAUGAGAAGACGUGCGCGCGGCUGAGCGAGAUGGUGCGACUGGGCAGCAUGGCGGUGCGAGCGAGAGGCAAGACCGUCAAAGUGCGCACGCCCAUGUGUCGGGCGCUCAAGAGGCUCAACCAGAUUGCAGAGCGCGCGGGAGGCGCCCGCGUGUGCUCGCGCGCGCAAGUGCUCCUGCGAGCACGCUCGGCAGGCGCCUGGACCCGCGUGCAGGCGGCCGCGCACAACCCGCGCGCCGCGCUGGCGCUGCCACUGAGGACACGCCUCGCUGCGCUGCUGCGGGCGCUUGACAGGCGCUGGAAGACUUCAAACUACAAGAACUACAGGCUCGAAGAGAGCAUUCGACCGAAGCCAAUAGAUGAACCGAGCAAGGAAGUGGAGGAAUUCCAGGAGGUGACUCCGCGCGAGGGCAGCGAAGACCUGGAGUCGCAUCUGCAGCUGCAGACAGACCGGGUCAUCGUGGAGGAGAACCAUCUCCCCAAAAAGCCCACACUACACCUGGGCCCGCGGCCCGACGCCCAGGUCCACCUGCCAGUACUGAGCCCCAGCGAGCAGCUGUCCAGCCAGAAGAUAUGCUUCUCCUCCUACCUGGAGAGGAUGGGCUCGCAGCGACGGGACAAGGACAAUGGUGUUAAAAUACGCACUCCAAAGCGCCAAAGGAAAGACAGCAACACAGAUAAAGACAAAGAAGCAGAAAAAAAGAUGAAAUUAGAAGAUCCCACAAAACUCGACAUAGACGAAACCGCCAUCGAUGGCAUAGAACUGAUGGCACAUUACAAACAUAACCAAGAAGAUGAAGAAAAACCAAGCACAGAAGACGAAAAAGAACUAAAAUCUGAAGAAACGGCAGAAGAAGAAACAGACGUGCCAGAAAGAGACAAAGACAUACACGAUAAAGAUAUGUCGGAAAGAGAAAAAGACAGUUUCUCUGAAAUGGAGGACGAUGAGAAGUACACUAAAAGCGAUACAGAUAAUGAAAGUGAUGGGAAAGCUGAUAAGAGUCAGAAGGAGAGGAAGUUUAAAAAUCUAAAGGUGAAGUUCCGUAUAGUUCGACCACAGCAACGCGGUGGUAACGUCUUCAAGUUAAUCCUUGAGAAGCACUGUGAUGAAUCAAAAACUGUCGAAGUGAAAAGCGAUGACUCAAAAAUUGAAGAAAUCCCCGAAGAUACCAAGCCUGAUGACUCAAAAUGUGAGGAAAAGGAGGAAGAAGCCAAGCCUGAUUUUGAUAUGGAUUUAGCUAUUCGACAAAUUAAGAAGGGCUGGAGUGCUUAUGAUGCUGGAGAUCUUACUAUUGGUGAUCUUUAUUUGAUGUUCGGCAACCGUUCUAAACUAGAGCUCGACUAUUGGUGGGCGAUCCCCACCCCUCCUUUACCCCAACCAGCGAAAAUUCAAAAACCUGACCCGAUAGACAAGGACAAACAUUUAGACAAGAGAGAAAAGGGCAAUAAGACUCCGGACAAGGGAGACAGCUCUGUAGAAGACGAAAGAGAGAAGAGAGAGAGCGAUAUGGACAUAUUCUCUCCCAAAAACACUUUCAGUCAGGACAGCAACGACGGCAUGUCGGGAGAUGAGAGGAAGAGCGAGCAGCUAUCGUCCCCCGACCACAAGUCAGCGGGCACGCUGAAGCUAGUGCACAAGCUCAUCAACAAUCCCACUUCUGAGCCGCCCCCCGAUGGGUUCGCGCUGAUCAGCGACAGGUUGAAGCGCUUGCUGGCGCUGGCCGGCAACGCGCACGCCGCGCCCGCCGCGCCCGCGCGCUGCGAGUGCGCCCACGUGUGCCCGCUGCCGCCGAAGAACAAACAGAAGCAGCCAGCAAUCGCGACGCCGCAGCCGCAGGGGCUCGCCGCUGUCCCCACGACUGUCCCCGAGAAGACAGCCAUUUUCAAACAGCCUACGCCCAUCGCACCCAAAAAUGAUAGCGAGGCACAGCGCGCGCUCAAUAACGCGGGCAACUGCUUAGACGGGCUGCCAAAAUGGCGGCGCGGUCGGCCGCGGCAGUCCACGUGAUGCCAGUACCAGUGAAGCUGAUCGCCAACCCGUCAGCGCCACCGCUGCCGGUGCAGCCGAGGCUGCUGCCAAAGCCACCUCCUGCGCCAGGGUCUGAUUUCUACUACAUACUCAGCGAGUCCAACGGCCAGUUUUUGUACAACGAAGGCAACCGGCGCAUUACCAUUGAUGGCACAUCCCCAGAUAAUGGCCACUCCAAUGAAUCAGAAGACAUAAAACCGGAUGAAGACACAAAAGAAAUAAUAAAAAUUGUCAAAAUAGAGAGUUUGAACAGCGCGGAGCAGAAACAGGACAAGGACGACUGCCGCACGAAAACUGAGCAGAGCGACAUCGCAAGUUUCCUCCCGACGGAGUCGAUGUCCCUCUCCCCGUCCCGGCUGCUGCGUGACGCGGAGGGCUGGCUGGAGGGCUCCGUACAGGACUUCUCGCUGAGCUCCUUCUUGGGACACUUGGAGGGACGCCCGCAGCCCGAGUUGUCGGUGGACUCCCAGUUACGAUCCCUAAUGGCGGAGUCGAGUGUAGACUACGUGGCCAAAUUCGCCGACCUCGCCGCCGAGGUCACCGAUGAAGCAGACCCUCUCGCCGAUGAUCUAAACUGAAUUGACUACUGAAGUAAUUAAUCCAAGUAUUAGUAUAAGUAUAAGUUAUGGAAAGCUCUUUAUAAUUAUUGUGAAUAAAAAAUUUGGUCAA